UAGAGAGCACACUUCGUUCAACCUUUGCACAACAUUUCUCCAUUUUACAGACAAAGCAAAACAAAAUGUAGUUGAGGCAGAUUUGAAAUUUGAGAGCGGACAGACAGCAGGUGAACUCGCUGAAGUAAGAGGAAACUACACCGACAGGUGACCAGGCUCGUUUGACUGCAGCAAGACGACGCAGGCUCAUAUUUCAACUUGGAUGAUAAUGCUGCCACCACCUUUCACUUGUUACUGAACCCAGGAGUGUCCUGUCACUCAACCUUGCCACCUAGUGGAGCUUUGAAGGUUUAACUCCCUCCUGGUCAACAAAAAUCUUCCAGACAACUACCUCCCUCAUCUGGGGAGAUGCCUGUCCUGCAACAUUCCCCUCUGAUCUCAUUUACCUUUUAUCUGCUUAAGGCAAUACAACACUAGGCAGCGUUGCACAUUGUGAAACAUCGGUUGGUAAAGAAAAUUAAAACCUCCUUUCCAGCUUCAGUUACAGGAGGUCAAAAGCUCUCAAUUUGCAGGUCACAAAAACUGAUCUUUCACUGACACGUGUGAUAUGUACCCAUGAUCCAUGGCUUCAUGCUAGAGUUGAUGCUGCCCCAAAGCAAGAGCAUCUAACAAGAAAGAAAUUGAGCCACACAGGAGAAGUCACUCCCCAAAAGAGACGGCAUAAACAAGAGCAAAGCCAGAUGGAACCGUCAUCAAACGGCGUGCUCCCUACCGUUACACCAAAUGCCACACAAAAUGCCACUUUGGCAAGCCAGACAGUCAAAUACCAGAGUCACAACUGGGAGUUCCUGGUGGCUGUCCUGUGCACAGCCAUCUCUGUCUCCAUUCUCAUCGCCCUCCUGGCUAAAUGCCAGGUGGUCCGCCGCUACCUGGCCAGCUACAGGCACACAAGGCUGACGGAGACAGACUCCGUCAGCCAGUAUGACCCAUCAGGCCUGGAAGUGGAAUUCGCCAUGCAUGGGGGACGUGGAAUUAACCCUCACUGCAUCCCACCCGGGGGCGAGGAAGACGAUGACGGCUUCAUUGAGGACAACUACAUCCCAGCCAGUGAGAGAGCGAGGGCUGAAAGAGCAGCGGAGAACAUGGAGGACACAGAGGACACAGAGGAAGAGAUGGAUGAAAUUGAAUUUACAAUCGCUUAGCAGGACUGUCUCUACACCUCCUCGGCUGUCGUAUAAACCCCUCAACCACCGACUCCACUCCCAACUUUUCUUUAUUCUUGAGUAGGAUUCAUAUUGUCAAUCACAAAAUGGGUAAAAAAAAAAAAGUUAGGAAAACAUAAAAAUGUAAAUACCAGUGGUCAAGUGUCAUUUUAAGGCAGCACAGAAUGAUGUAAUGCAAGGUGCAUUAUUAAAGCAGUAUA